UAUGAUGAUGGCUUCCUAUUUUAUGUUUUGGUUAUGGUUUGUCUGGCGAAUAUGGUGUAUGCUAAAAAUAUACGUCAUUGGUCUUGUAGCACUGGCUUUUCAAAUGAUUUCCAAACAUAACAAAAUGCCAGUUCAUGUUGAUGAGGAUGGUCUGGUUGCCAUAGUUACAGGAGGAGCAUCAGGCAUCGGCCUGCAGAUUACGAGGAUCUUGACUACUAAGAAUAAUAUGCACGUGAUCAUUGCAUGCAGAUCCAGAGAAGAAGCUCGGAAGGCCAUUGAUGGAAUAAAGAGUGAACUUUCCAUAGCAAGAGUUGAGUACAUGCAUCUGGAUCUGUCCUCAUUAGCAUCUGUGAGGGAGUUUGUGACAGAGUUCCAUAAUCGAGAUCUUCCUUUAAAUCUCCUUAUUAACAAUGCUGGAGUGAUGUUUGUACCAUACAGUGAGACCACUGAUGGAUUAGAGGAGCACUUCCAGGUGAACUAUUUCGCCCAUUUAACUCUGACCAGCUUACUGCUGCCAUUGCUCAAACAGUCGGCUUUGGAUGACCAGUAUUCCAGGGUGGUUAACGUGUCAUCUGUCACACACUGUGCUGCCAGUUAUGAAGACAUACAACCAAAUUUUGCUGAAGUCAGAGAAUAUUCCCCACAUGCUGCCUAUGUGGCCUCUAAACUGGCUAUCAUCAUGGCCACCUACAAGCUCAGCGAGGAACUGAAGGAGAGUAAAUGUAAAGUGACCGUGAAUGCAUUACACCCCGGGGUGAUCAACUCUGAUCUGUACAAACAUCUUCACUGGUCAAUAAAAUGGGUUAUCGAUGUCAUUCGGAUGUCUUUCUUUAAGACUACCAAGGAAGGUGCUGAAUCUGUUGUUUAUGUGGCCCUCUCACCAGACCUAGAGACAAUGUCUGGAGGUUACUAUGACAACUGCAAGGUGGCUAAGUCGAGCAGCAUAUCUUAUUCCAAGGCACUGCAAGACGAUCUGUGGGACAAGUUCAAGUCAUUGUGAUACAUAUUGUGAUGUUUGUUUUGAUGCGAUUCUUACAGAUGUUGUAAAAAAAAAAAAAAAUAUAGCAUGGAGUCAAAAACACAGUCAUUGUUGUGUAUGUUGGAUGUUUGUGUACCAUGGUUUUAUUUUGUUGACCGGCCUCGGUGGCGUCGUGGCAGGUCAUCGGUCUACAGGCUGGUAGGUACUGGGUUCGGAUCCCAGUCGAGGCAUGGGAUUUUUAAUCCAGAUACCGACUCCAAACC